AUGGACAAACUGGGGGACAUGGCCUCGGUUUAUGAGUUCGACCCGAUCACCGGGAACAUUCCCGCUACUAAAGUAGAGAUCACCGUCUCAUGCAGGAAUCUACUAGAUAAAGACACAUUCUCCAAAUCUGACCCAUUGUGUGUGCUCUACACCCAAGGAGUGGAGACCAAGCAGUGGAGAGAGUUUGGGAGAACAGAGGUGAUUGACAACACUCUAAACCCAGACUUUGUCAGGAAGUACAUCCUGGACUAUUUCUUUGAGGAGAAGCAGAAUCUACGCUUUGACUUAUAUGAUGUGGACUCUAAAAGCCCAGACCUAUCCAAACACGACUUCUUGGGUCAAGUGUUCUGUACCCUGGGGGAGAUCGUGGGGUCACCUGCCAGUCGACUGGAGAAACCACUGGGGGGGAUAGCUGGGAAGAAAUGUGGCACCAUCAUUCUGUCUGCAGAGGAGCUGGGAAACUGUAGAGACAGUGCAACGAUGCAGUUCUGUGCCAACAAACUGGACAAGAAGGACUUCUUUGGCAAGUCAGAUCCUUUCAUGGUGUUCUACAGGAGCAACGAAGACGGAACGUUUACUAUCUGCCAUAAGACAGAGGUGGUGAAAAAUACGUUGAAUCCAGUUUGGCAGUCAUUCACCAUUCCUGUCAGAGCACUCUGCAAUGGGGACUUUGACAGAACGAUCAAGAUAGAGGUGUAUGACUGGGACCGAGAUGGCAGCCAUGACUUCAUAGGGGAGUUUACCACUAGUUACCGGGAGCUGGCUCGAGGCCAGAGCCAGUUCAAUGUCUAUGAGGUGGUGAAUAUCAAAAAGAAAAUGAAGAAAAAGAAAUAUGGGAACUCUGGAACGGUGACCCUCCUCUCCUUUUCAGUGGAAUCAGAGUGCACCUUCCUGGAUUACAUCAAGGGAGGGACCCAGAUCAAUUUCACUGUGGCCAUCGAUUUCACUGCGUCUAAUGGUAACCCAUCCCAGUCCACUUCUCUACACUAUAUGAACCCAUACCAGAUGAAUGCAUACGCCAUGGCCUUGAAGGCUGUAGGGGAGAUCAUCCAGGACUACGACAGUGAUAAGAUGUUCCCUGCCUUGGGCUUUGGAGCCAAGCUGCCCCCGGACGGACGGGUCUCACACGAGUUCCCACUGAACGGUAACGUAGAGAACCCCUACUGUAACGGUAUAGAUGGCAUCCUGGAGGCCUAUCACGAGAGUCUGAAGACGGUUCAGCUCUACGGACCAACCAACUUCGCCCCCGUAGUCAACCACGUGGCCAGUUAUGCUGCAGCGGUUCAGGACGGGUCCCAGUACUUCGUCCUCCUCAUCAUCACAGACGGAGUCAUAUCAGACAUGGCUCAGACCAAGGAGGCCAUCGUCAAUGGGGCUAAACUGCCCAUGUCCAUCAUUAUCGUGGGAGUGGGACAGGCUGAGUUUGACGCUAUGGUGGAGUUGGAUGGUGAUGACAUCAGAAUUUCAUCCAGAGGGAAGCUUGCAGAGAGAGACAUUGUCCAGUUUGUCCCAUUUAGAGACUACAUGGACCGGACAGGAAACCACGUGUUGAGUAUGGCCCGGCUAGCCAAGGAUGUCCUGGCUGAGAUCCCUGAUCAGUUAAUCUCCUAUAUGAAGAGUCGGGGCGUCAAACCCAACCCCACACCGCCUCCCUACACACCCCCUGGACACACACACCACACACAGAUCUGA